AAAUACUGAUAUAUUAUCAUUUUAGAUUCAAACAAAGAGCCACAUCUCCAAGAUGAAAAUGACUCACUUCGCUGUCAAUUGGAAGCAUAUCGAAAUGAAGUAGAAGUUUUAAGAGCUGAAAAUCGUCAAGAACAAGAAGCCAGAGAACGUCAAUUGAGAUUGCUCCAACAAGCUUUACAAGGAAUGCAACAACAGUUAAUAUCUAUUACUCAGCAACAUACACAUGAUGAGGAAGAAAUUAAAAGAUUGCGGAAAAUGCUUCAUAUUGAAGAAAACAAAGGAAAUUCAAACAGUGAUAAAAGUUCAGAAGAGGAGGGAGAAAAAGAACUUAAUACAAAUGUCAGUUCUUCUGAUUGCUCAAUCUGCAAAGUCCAAAUAACAGAAAAAGAAGCACAACUUAUUGGUUUAAUAUCAACAUUCCUUCAUGUACAUCCCCAUGGUGCUGGAGUUGAUUACAUCUGGUCCUAUUUACAUCAGAUUGACAAUACACUAAAUCCAAGAGAUGUAGAAGGUCUCAUGUUAAGAUUUCCAACAGUUUUUAAACAAGAAUUAUCAGGCGUAGGAGCAUUAUUAGAAAGAAAAUGGACUUUCUGUGGAUUUAAAAUUGCAGAUCAGACAGAUUAAUAAAAAAGACUAGUGUUGUAUUUAGCUGCAUCUUUUAAUCAGUUAAUUUAAUACAUAUCGAUGAAGCUUUUUUGAUGUGGCAUGUCAAUAAUUACUAUUUAUUUAGCCAAAAUAUUUCUCCAGAUUUCAUAAGUUAUAUUUUAGUUAUAUG